AUGAUAGCAAUUAGACGAUUACGAAGUUUGACGACAAUUUUACGUAGAAGGUCUUAUUCUGCAGUGAAACAAGGAAGUAAAUAUAGUCAAAAUUAUCGACAAUAUUUGAAGCUAGAUAAUGGUGAGAUUGGUUCUUAUUUCCAUGAUAUUCCCAUGGAAUUGAAUCAUUUAAAUAGAACUGUUAACAUGGUGGUUGAGAUACCAAGAUGGACACAUGCCAAGUUCGAGAUUUCUAAGGAUUUACCAUUUAAUCCUAUUACUCAGGAUGUUAAGAAGGGGAAAGUAAGAUUUGUUAAUAAUAUCUUCCCAUUUUAUGGAUAUAUACAUAAUUACGGUGCCAUCCCUCAGACUUGGGAGGACCCUACUGUAAACCAUGAAAUAGGCGAGGGGAGGGCUUUGGUGGGUGAUAAUGAUCCCUUAGAUUGUUGUGAAAUCGGGUCUUCUGUGUUCACCACUGGAGAAAUUAAGACAGUCAAAAUUUUAGGUUCCAUUGCAUUGAUUGAUGAUGGUGAAUUAGAUUGGAAAGUUAUCGUGAUAAACGUGAAAGAUCCUUUGGCGUCUAGCGUUAAUAAUAUACAUGAUGUUGAGAAACAUUUUCCUGGACUUCUCACGGCAACUAGAAAUUGGUUUAGAGAUUACAAGGUUCCUAUGAAUAAACUAAAGAAUGAAUUUGCAUUCAAUGGGGAAUAUAAGGAUGUCACAGAGACAAUAAAAGUGAUAGAAGAAUGUCAUAAUACAUGGAAAGGAUUGAUUUCUGGAGGAUUAGAUGGAUCAAAGAUUGGUAAGUUACCCCAAGUUCAACGUGCUGGAAACAAUGUAACUAUGAGUGACAAUGAAGAACCAGAAUCAGAUAUUCCUAAAGACUUAGAUAAAUGGUACUACGUCGAGUAA